AUGGCUACUGCUAAGCCCAUUGAUACUCAUAGUGCUUCAAAUGCACAUUUGUCUGUAGCAUUUGCACCUAAAUCAUCUCAGGAAAAGGAAUACAUGUCACAUGUUCCUUAUGCUAGUGCAGUGGGAAGCUUGAUGUAUGUUAUGGUCUACACUAGACCGGAUCUUGCACAUGCUGUUAGUGUUGUCAGUAGGUUCAUGGGAGACCCUGGUAAGGAACACUGGAAAGAAGUGAAGAGGAUUUUCCGCUACCUCAGGGGUAUAUCUGAUAUUGGUCUCAGUUAUGGUGGUGAUAGUCAGUGUCUAGUAUCUUGUUACUCAGAUUCUGACUAUGCUGGAGAUGUAUACAGUAGAAGAUCGAUGACCGGUUAUGUAUUCAUGCUUGGUGGUUCUGUUGUGAGUUGGAAGGCUACUCUACAGCUGACAGUAAUCUUGUCUACUACAGAGGCAGAAUAUAUGGCCUUGACAAAAGCUGCUAAGGAGGGAAUCUGGUUGAAAGGAUUGGUUAGUGACUUGGGUCUACACCACGAUCAGGCUUCAGUGUACUGCGACAGUUUGAGUGCAAUAUGCUUAACCAAGGAUCAAGUUCACCAUGAAAGAACAAAACACAUUGAUGUGAGGUACCAUUUUCUGAGAAGUGAGAAGAGGAUAAAGGGGCAAGGCCUGAGGCAUAGCAUGUCACAUCUGGGCAUUCAGUGUAAUGCAUCUGUUUUGUUUAUCGGGGCAUUUAGUGUAAUGCAUCUAUUUUGUUUAUCUGGGAAUUCAGUGUAA